GACGAAUGGACAGAUAGAACAUUUUCUGUUUUCUGGAAAUAAUUUUUGAUUGUUUAGCGAAUGGCGACUCGAUUACAGGGUGGCAGAGCAGAUUAAGUCUCAAUCGCCUGAAACUAGAUUUGACUGCAGAAUGGAUAUUUUUAACAGCAUCGACUGGAAUCCCUCGAUAAAUGAUAUAAUAGAUAACGAGUUCGUUGAUGGGGAAAGGUUAGAACGGGAGAGUGCUAUGUACAGAAUCCUGAGGGGCACCUUCACAGACCCUUUUAUAGAUGCCUAUGAAGAUUUUAAGGGUUCCAUCACUCAAGUCGAUAUCGAUGCAAAUGAGAAGCAAAAACAGGCGAUUAUCGAGGAGAAAAAUAAAAUUAAAGAGACAACCGUCGAGGAAGGGGAAGCCGGUAAACAUGCCAAGUACUAUCCUGGCAUCCGCAAGACCAAGGCCAAAUUUCCGAGGUUCUCGUCUUUGUCUGCAGAUCAGCAUUCGGCUUGUUUGAGAGUUCUUCUGCAAUUCUCGGCUCCUGGAAAGCCAGAUAUUUCGAAAAUCAAUCGAGAAGACUUGGAGAUGUACACGAGGCUUCAGAGUGUCAUCUCCGAGGAGCAAACGGAAUUCUUAAAGGUAGCAAAAUCAAACUGGGAUGGUUCAGAGGUAAAACUCAUCAGAGAGGACUUGAUUAAUCGUAAAUGGAAAUUCAAAAUGAAGUACAUAGAGCAGAUACCGAGGCACUACGUGGAGGCUGGAACAAUUCCUUUCAUCUGUGAUAAAGAAAUCAGCGUGUGUUUCAAUGCAGUUGCCCUUGAAAUGGGAAAACUUCCACGUCUGAUAAUCCCAGAACUCGUGCGCCCUACAUACCUUCCAGUGGAUUCCCAGAAGCUGGAGAAGACGUACUUCUCGUUCCCAGAGCCCCAGCAUCAGAAAAAUCUCAUUACCGAGGACUUGAACUGCGAUAAAAUAAUCGAGGCCCAUGAUAUCGACCUGGUGAUCUCCUCUUCAGGGCUAAAUUGCCUGUGCAGCAACCUGGAUUCAUCCUACAAGAGCUCCUGGGCCCUUCCAGUGACAGUGAGAGAAGUGAAUAAUAGAAAAGUCAUCCUCGUGGACAAGCCCCUGCCUCCACAAGCCAGGAACAUCAUCCAGAAGAACUCCUGGAUCUCCAAAUACAUCAUAAGGAGUUUUCUCCUGAAUCCAAGGCAUAAUUCGUCAGUAAAACUUGAUCAGAGGGAUGAAUUCGAUCUGGACGCACCGCAGGAGGAAAAUCAGCCCGAGGGUCUGAAUUUUUCUUACAACAUCUUCUCCAUUGGCUCCUGCGGUCUUCAGCAAAAUGAACUCAUGAAGAACAAAGUCGAGAGGGACUACAGACUCCUGGUGAGAACAAAAACCGAUGGAAUCGAGAAAUUAUCGAAUAACCAGGUCCAGUACAUCAUCACUGCUCCCAAGAUGGAGCAUCAGCUGGGGCUCGGGGCUGAGGCUGUUACUCUCGAAGAGGCUUCCAGGCAGUGGGCUGCCCUCACUUUCAGGCCUGAUACUACACUUCUCAGGGUCCGGGCCAGUUCCUGGAACCAAGAAGUUAUCCAGUACGAACGAAGAACUGCUAUUUCAGUUAAUAAUGAGAUAAAGAGGCUAUAUAACGUCAAGGGCGAGGACUCGCUCCAGCUGCUCUAUAAUGUCGCUGAGAACAUGAGUAAGAUGACCCCUGGCAAGUACCUGAUCAGGCACACGCCUAGGAAUGGCGCGUUUGCGAGUAUUUAUAAAGAAGCUGAAGCCUCGGGAAAAAAUACUAUCGAUCUCCAGGCGAUCUACUGCGACGAUCAGUUCCAGACGAUUCCCAAUCUCCCCUGGCCGAUGAUCGACAAGGUUGUGCCUCUUCCCAUGCACGAGUGCUUCAAUCGAAUGCCCGCGUUAUUCCAUCCAGAUAAAAAAUUGUUCCUGAAGUCCCGCAGAAAUCCCCCGAAAAACCAGAAAACACCCAAAAAGCGCAUGAGGAAAAAAGGAAAGAAGACGGAGGCAGCUGAUACUUCUGCUGAGACAACCACCUGAUUUAUAAUUGUUGAAUUAAUAAAUUUUUAAUUAUAAAAAUUUUCUCCCCCGUGAUUUCACGUGUCGGGAGAUUUUUACAGAUGAGAUAUUAUUUUGCACCACCACAAUUUCCAUUGUCACCUUUUCCAAAAAAAUUCUGCCAUCCACUCCUUAAUGUCACUUAAUCAAUCUCCCAACCCUCUAAUAUCGACAGUGAAGUUGAACAUCUUGAGAAUGCUCUGAUAAAGCGCGGACAAUAUCCAACAAAUUGGAAAGGUCAAGCAAAAACUAGAAAUCAAGCGAUCGCCUCCCCAAGGGGAGAUCGAUCCUGAGAAUCAAUAAAAAUCGAAAAUGUUUCUCCUCUAUUUGAGAGGCACAACGGACCGCAUAAGCAAAGUAAAUCUUAAUUGAAAAUGAAAAUCGGACAGUUAAUGACUGUUCACCGUUUGUCUAGACACUCAAGGCAUUUUCUUUAUAUGGAUAAAGACAGACAACACGUUGUGAUAGGAUUAAUGAGGAUGCGGAGUACACAGAGAAAAGAAAUUCUCUUGCCAAAAAUAUUCGCUACCCAGAAAAUAUAUUUGGCAAACGAUUUUUUUUUGCUCAGUGCAAGGUACUUUCAACAAUCACAAACAUUGGAAAUUUUUGUAGAUAUAUUUAUUGAGUACUUAUAUGAUAAGAGUAUCGAAUAUGUAUAUAUACUUAUAUUACCUAUCAGUACAUGGUACUUUAAUGAUGAAUGUUUCCUUUGUCAUUUCAGUUUUUAUUUAAAUAAACAAAUUGGGAUAGUGUACGGUGUUCGUCAUUUGUGGAUUUUUUUUUUGUAUUUACAUAAUAAUAAUUGUGUAUUUACAAUAUUUAGUUUAAUAUCGAGAAAGAAAUUAUUUUCAUUCUCGAUUUAUUAUCGAUUAUCGAAUAAUAAAUCGGCCAAAUAAAUUCUUCUCUUUUGCCUUCGAUUAAAAGCGAAUUCGACGUUUCCGGUUUAACAUGUCAGGGUGACUACUAGCUUUACGAGUUCUAUGAUCUUUUUAUAGCAUGUGGUAUAUAUCCAUGUGUCUGUAUAUGUGACCGAUAAUUUUUCCAUUGAGAAACUAAUUACUCAGACAAAUCCAAUUGUCAUUAAAAAUAUUCCCUCAACUCUAAUCUCAAAUUUAUAUUCAGAACAACAUAAUCAUCUCUUCCGUUUUUAAAGUCAUGACAAUUACAUGCGCUCUACAUUACGGAAUUUAAUACCUCAAGUUAAAUAAUUACAAUUCAUUUGUUUAUGUCGCUGUUGCGCAAAUGAUUUCAAUGAAAAUUUGUAAGAAUAAGAAAUCGCUAUCACGGCUCUCGUUUUGAGUACAAUUAUAUAUAUUCUUUUAUGUUAAUUAAUUUGUCACUUUCAUUCAUCCUCAAUAUAUAUUUUUUUUUUUCACUUUCCUUGACACUAUUGCAUUAUUUUAUCACGUGUUAAGUACACACAAAAGACGUAAACGAUUCCAGAACUCAAGCUUUCGUUCUGCCUUCAAGUUUUAUACUCAUACGGUUUAAAUCAUCUUGUGAUUUUUUUGAGAACAUGUUUUUUCGGGUGGGAUCAUCGGAGCUGUUUCCACGCGCUGUUUAACAAAAGUUCACUUGUGUAUUUUGUUAAUGUUUUUAUCGAGACUUGAGCAAAACUUGGCAUGAACUUUAGCAUCCAGUGGGACUUCCUGAAGACAUGGAUUCGGUCAGGAUUAAACUUCCCGUAGAAAAAGCCCGAAUUUUGGAAAGGAAAAAUUGAAAAUACGCGACGAAUCAUUUUUUUAUACUUUUAAAAAUAAAUUGUCUGCGUGGACAGGAACUGAGAGAUUUUAUAAAAAAUUAAAAACAGUUAGGCAGAGUGGUUAAAAAUUCUCGGAGUAGACAACAAAUUGUAAAAAUUCAAAAGUUCAUGGAAUUAUAUAAAAAUAACUGUAAAUUACCGUUUCGCUUUUAUUUCUUGAUAGUUUAUAGAAAUUCGGAAAUGGCGGUUAAUAUAUGAAUAAAUUUCGCAGGCAGUGAUUUAAAUGCGACUUAGAUUAUUAAUGUAGAUUAUUCAAAUAAUGAAUCUCAAUAUUUUACUGAAAAUUUAAUAAAAUUUCACAAUGAAUAUUCAAAUUUAAAUUGAUAAUUCAACGAAUGAACGAAUUAUAGUCUUCAAAAAUUCUGGGAUUUUACUGAAUGUUCAUUAAUGAUUUAAUAAAAAAUACAUUUGCCAUUAAAAAUUUCUCCUUGAAUUUCCCCUGACUAAUUCCGUCAAUUUUUAUCGUACAACUUCACUAAAAAAAAUU